CAAAAUUCCAAAAUUGGAGAAAACAAAACAGAACCCUGGAAAGAAACACAGAACCCUGAACUCCAAAUCUUCAUCCAUUCGCUCUUGCUUCUCUGCAUCUUCAACAAUCGCUGCUACUCAUUAAUCCUGGGAUGGACUUCCAACUUCUAACCGCAGAAAAUGAGGUUGUUGUAGAACUUGAUGAAGCGGGUGUUUCUGAUGGACACUGCCAUGAGUAUGAUCAUUAUAACCAUGUAGCUCCUCCCAUUGACCCCAACCUCGAACCUUAUGAGGGUAUGGAAUUCGAUUCAGAGCAGGCUGCCCGCAUCUUCUAUAAUUCAUAUGCUCGCAGAAUUGGGUUCAGCACACGGGUUAGUGUCUACCAGCGCUCACGUCGUGAUGGCUCUAUCAUUUGCCGCCAAAUUGUUUGCUCUCGUGAGGGCUUUCGUCGGAAGGGCGGGGAAAAUGGCUCCAAACGCCAGCGGACCAUCACUAGAGUUGGUUGCAAGGCGCAAAUGACCGUAAAGAAGCAAAAUUCUGGGAAAUGGGCAGUGUCCAGAGUUGUUAAACAACAUAACCAUGAACUUGUGCCUCCUGAUAAAGUGCAUUGCCUUCGGUCACAUAGACAUGUAUCAGGUCCCGCUCGAACCCUCAUUGAUACACUGCAGGCAGCCGGGAUGGGCCCUAGUGGGAUUAUGAAUGUGUUGAUCAAGGAAUCUGGUGGAAUUAAUAAUGUUGGCUUUACUAGGGUUGAUUGUCAGAAUUAUAUGAGUAGUAGUAGGCAGAGGACACUUGGAACAGGGGGUCAGCUUGUUUAUGACUACUUGAAAAGAAUGCAAGCUGAGGACCCCGAUUUCUUUUAUGCUGUCCAAGGUGAUUUUGAGAACUUGACAGGGAACAUUUUUUGGGCUGAUCGGAAUUCAAGAAUGAAUUACAGUUACUUUGGAGAUACUGUUACUUUUGAUACAACCUAUAGAACAAAUCGUUACCGGGUGCCUUUUGCUCCUUUUACUGGGUGGAAUCAUCAUGGGCAGCCUGUUUUAUUUGGAUGUGCUUUAAUUCUCAAUGAAUCAGAGGUCUCUUUUGUUUGGCUAUUCCAGACUUGGCUUGAUGCAGUGUCAGGCCACCAUCCCAUCUCAAUCACUACAGACCAAGAUAGGAUAAUAAGAUCAGCUGUUGCACAAGUGUUUCCAAGGACUUGCCACCGAUUUUGUAAAUGGAAUGUAUUUAGGGAAGCACAGGAGAAGCUGUCUGAUGUAUAUGGUUCACACCCGACUUUUGAAUCAGAGCUUCAGAGAUGUAUCAAUUUGAUCGAGACAGUUGAUGAGUUUGAGUCUUGCUGGGAGUCCCUUUUGCAAAGAUAUAAUUUGGGGGAUAAUGAAUGGCUUCAAUCAAUGUAUAAUAUUCGCCAGCAUUGGGUGCCAGUUUAUCUUCAGGAUACCUUUUUUGGAGAGAUGUCCAUAACGCAAGGAAAUGAUAGUAUAAACUCAUUCUUUGAUGGGUACAUAAAUGCAUCCACAAAUGUGCAGGUUUUGAUUAAGCAAUAUGAAAAGGCAAUUGCGACUCGGUAUGAAAAGGAAGUAAAGGCAGAUGAUGAUACAUUAAAUGCAGUUCCUGCUUUGAAAACUCCAUCUCCUAUGGAGAAGCAGGCAGCAAGUGUUUUCACUAGGGAGGUGUUUCUGAAAUUUCAAGAGGAAUUAGUGGAGACUCUUGCUUACCCUGCAACUAUAAUUAAUGACACUGGAUUGGAAGUAAUUUAUGGUGUUGCAAAAUUUGGGGAAGACCAGAAAGCACAUGUUGUGAAGUUCAAUGUUUUUGAAAAGAAAGCUACUUGUAGCUGCCAAAUGUUUGAGCACUCAGGUAUUAUUUGCAGACAUAUUUUAGCAGUUUUUAGGGUAACAAAUGUUCUUACAUUGCCUUCUCAUUAUAUCUUGAAACGGUGGACAAGAAAUGCCAAGGGUCGGGUUGUAUUGGACAAUUGCACUGUUGGAUUGCCAAGUAAUUCUCAGGAGUCUUAUGCCACUCGUCAUGAAAACCUUUGCCAUCAAGCCAUGAAGUUCAUUGAGGAAGGAGUAGAAUCAGUACUUAUGUAUAAUGUGGCAAUUGAUGCUCUUCACGAGGCUGCAAAUAAGGUUGCUUCAGCAAAGAAGCAUAGUGCUGGCACCAUACAAAAUUCUCUGCUUGGUUGUAGCCUGCCACUUCAGUCUUGCUCUGUGGAUCAAGACAAGAAAAUUCAAGAACUGACUGCCAAGUUAGAAGUUGCUAGUGAGCAAUGCGAAGCGUACCGAGCAAAACUGGUAGCGAUUUUAAAGGACAUGGAGGAACAGAAGCUAAAGAUGAAAGUAAAGGUGGAGAGUGCGAGGGUGAAUCUAAAAAUGGAAUGAGAAGUUUAAUGUAAGUUAGAUAGGCAUUAACAUGUGAAUAUGUUUAGUAUGUAAAAAAGGGAUAGAUUGAUAGAUAGACAGAUUUUUUUUUUUUUUGUUCCUAGCAUGAAACGGUCUUUGAUGUAAAAAGCUCGUAGUGUUAGAGCAGUAAGAUGGCCAUCUUUUACAGAAAUAUAUUUGUUGGUUGGUU